GUGGCCACUCCCUCAACCAGCACAAGUGACAGAGGGCCUAGAUGACCACCGCACCCUCGGGGGAGGCCAGAGCUCCCAGCAUCCCCACACAUGGUGACAGCAGGCCCACGGACACUUCAACAGUGGGGUCCCAAAGUCAGGACCCCCUCCUUGCAGAUGUCCCAACAGCUAACGGUGCCACCGUAUCACCUGAACAGCAGGAUGUAGAUCAGGCCUCCACUGAGCAGGUCCCCUCCAAGUCCUCAUCAGAAUCUGGGAACAAGGACAAGCAUGAAGCUGCUGUAGGGGACAGCCAGGAGCCUAAGGAGGCCACGGCCCUGCUUGACCACCAGGCCUCAAACGCUCCACAAAUGCCCACGAGCUCCCAGGACCCAGCGUGGGAGGGACUGGUGCAAAAUGCAAGCAUGUCUCUGAGUCCUCAGACCUCCCAACGAGACCCCCUGGGGGAAGAAGAGACCCCACAAAUGUCGGGUACCCCGGACAGUGACCAAGAAUUAGCUCCAACUAUGGCAGCUGCUAAGGCACAGUUCCCCGGAAAGGACACUCAGCCCGCUGUGAGCUCUGCAGACUCGGGUGGUCAGGAGGACACUGAGACCACGGGCACCACCACCACCGCUGAAGGAGGGACUCUUGAGGGGGAACCUGAGGGUCUGGAGACCUUGAACUCUGACACCGAAGCUUCGACUACCGCUGAGUCCCAGGGAGGGACUGAGGGGGAUUUGGUGGGCGGCUCAGAAUAUCUGCAGGCUGAGCAGCUCCCGCCCACACGAGGAGGCAGUGCCCCCCCCUCGCCUGGCCCCCGCGAGGUGGCCCCGGGGAGGGGGCCCCUGGACGUCAGCCUUUAUAUGGCCAACGAGGACAACAGCUAUAUGCGCUCCAUGACCAGCCUGCUGGGCGGAGGUGAGGGGUCCAUCAGCUCCCUGGCGGAUAUCCUAGUGUGGUCUGAGACCACCAUGGGCAUGGCCACGGCCUUCCUGGCUUCUGGCCACAGCUCCGCGACAGACGUGCUGCAGAGCACCGGGCCCAGCCUGCGCUCCGUCUCCAGCAUCCUGGGGAGCACCUUCUCCUCUGGGCUGAUGACAGGGACUGGCUCGGCCCUGCGCUCUGUCACCCACAUCCUGGAGACGGUGGAGCAGAGGACUAUAGAGGGCAUCCGCUCGGCCAUGCGCUACCUGACCAGCCACCUCAGUCCACGCCGGGCCCCUGCCAGACCAGACCCUGACUAGAGGCUACGAAGGGAGCCCCGAAGGACCGGCUCAGCAACCUCCCGAGAGCCUGGGACCCGCAUGCCCCUGCUGCCUCGCCCACCCCUGCCCGGGCUGGCUCUCCCCAGAUCAGGCAAUAAAGCACUGGUGAGCGUUUCUUUUCUAA